CGGGGAGGAGGCGCAGGAAGGAGGGGCGGCUGUCUCUCUUUCUCGCUCGCUCUCGCUCUCGCUCUCUCCGCCCCCAUUCCGCGGCGAGGGCGCGAGCCGGGCACAGUCGGGGGCAGCGCGGGAGCAGCCGGGCUGCCGUUGGUUGUGCGGGGCGGGGGGAAGCCGCGUCCGCCGAGGCCUCUCCACCCCGCCUGGCGCCGAGUCGGCUGGACACAAAAUGGCGGACGGGGAGCUGAAUGUGGAUAGCCUCAUCACCCGCCUGCUGGAAGUGAGAGGAUGUCGUCCUGGCAAGAUUGUGCAGAUGACAGAAGCAGAAGUUCGAGGCUUAUGCAUAAAAUCACGAGAAAUCUUUCUUAGCCAGCCUAUUCUCUUGGAACUUGAGGCACCUCUCAAGAUUUGUGGAGAUAUUCAUGGCCAAUAUACAGAUUUGCUUCGAUUGUUUGAAUAUGGAGGAUUCCCACCGGAAGCUAAUUAUCUCUUUCUCGGAGAUUAUGUGGACAGAGGCAAGCAGUCUCUGGAAACAAUCUGCCUAUUACUGGCAUAUAAAAUCAAGUAUCCAGAAAACUUUUUUCUCUUGAGAGGAAACCAUGAGUGUGCUAGUAUUAACCGUAUCUAUGGAUUCUAUGAUGAAUGCAAACGGCGAUUUAACAUUAAACUUUGGAAGACCUUCACCGACUGUUUUAAUUGUCUGCCUAUUGCAGCCAUUGUGGAUGAGAAGAUAUUCUGUUGUCAUGGAGGACUGUCACCAGAUCUGCAAUCAAUGGAGCAGAUCCGGAGAAUAAUGAGACCUACAGAUGUUCCUGACACAGGCUUGCUAUGCGACUUGCUGUGGUCUGAUCCGGACAAGGAUGUGCAAGGGUGGGGUGAAAAUGAUCGUGGGGUCUCCUUCACUUUUGGUGCUGAUGUAGUCAGUAAAUUUUUGAACCGUCAUGAUCUGGACUUGAUCUGUCGAGCUCAUCAGGUGGUUGAAGAUGGAUAUGAAUUCUUUGCUAAACGACAAUUGGUCACCCUAUUUUCAGCUCCAAAUUACUGUGGAGAGUUUGAUAAUGCUGGAGGCAUGAUGAGUGUGGAUGAAACUUUGAUGUGUUCCUUUCAGAUACUGAAACCAUCUGAAAAGAAAGCCAAGUACCAGUAUGGUGGUUUGAACUCCGGUCGCCCAGUCACUCCACCGCGCACAGGUAAUCCACCGAAGAAGAGGUGAAGAAGGAAGGAAAAAGGAACAGCGUAGAAACACCAUCAGAUCUGUCAAGGACAAAACUCCAUAUACAGUAUAUAAUAAGUGUGCACUGUAAAACCAUCCAGCCAUUUGACACCCUUUAUGAUGUCACACGUUUAACUUAAAGAGACGGGUAAAGGAUCUUUAUUAAUUUUUUUUCUAGUAGAAAGAUGUGCGACACUGUAUUGUAACAAACAUAGCUCCAACUUCUAAUAUCCAAUAUAGAAUAAAAUCCAAAUUAAAAAAAAUCUAUUGAGGUUGCAUAUUCACUUUACCACAGUUUUUAAAAUUGACCAACAUCCCACUUAAAAAAUAAAAUACGAACUUGAUGUUAGUUAAACCAGAUGAGAGCAUGAUGUUCCAUUUGUGUAACGUGGUCUUAUUGUUGCUUGAUUGCUUUUACUUUGGAUAUUAUUUUGUAGCUAGAAUGAUGCAAAUACGAAAUCUAGUCAUGUUCCCUCACUUUUUUUUGAUUGAAAAAUGGAAGGGGCUUUUUAAAACUACCACUGAUAUUUUUUCCUUUUCUUUUCUCCUCCCUAUUCUUUGUAAUCUUGCUACCUAAAAUGUGUGCCCUAUUGUAUUAAAAAGGUUGUAGGGCAUUAGUGAAUAAAAGAUUAAAUUCCAGACUAGUGACCUGUUAAAACACCAUGACUGGACAGCCGAAUGGUCAGCGUUGUUUAAGGGACAGAAAACCUUUUUUUUUUUCCUUAACUUAAACUGCCACAGAAUGAAUUUGUGCACUACACUAUUUUAAAUUAUUGACGUUACACUGUGCUAUGGCACUUCAUUUAACUUAAGACAAAAAUGGUAUUGCCUAUUAGUUGGUAACUUGAUUACGUGGUACCUUGGCUUUAGGUUUUAUUAGCAUGAAACACCUUUGGCAUGCUUAGCUUCCAGGUAAUGCCCUACCUGCAUCAAAAUGCAUCUUGCAUAGUUCCACAGAACAUGAAAAUCCUCCCUUAAUAAGCCUUGGAAAGCUGAAAUUUGUUUUUCUCAUAAGAGGGUCUAUUUUAAAUGGAUGUAGAUCAGUGAACAGUAGGUUAACUGACUAGUGGUGGUUGAACUGUCUAAUAUUGCCAUGUGAAUGUUUUAUAUGAUUGUAAGGCUUAUGUCACUAAAGAUUAUAUCCUCUGGAUUUUCAUGAUCAAAGUUCAUAUACUAUUGUAUAGACUUCUGCUUUGUAGUGUACUAUAGUAGCAAUAAUUUCUGUACAUGAUCAAGAUUUAUGCAGUAUUUCUUUCCUGUUCUCUCCUUUCUUUAAAAGGGUUCAUAUUGACAAAUGGCAAGGUAUGAGAUGAUGCAAAAUUUGUCAUAGGGUAGAACUGCAAAGCACGUGUGUAUUGCUUUAAGAUGCAACAUUGGAUGUGAUUAUAAAAGUUUUUAUUGAACAUUGUCAAAUUUGUAAGAUUCUUUGGGGUGUGGGGGGAGGCCUCAGAUUUAUCCCUUUCUAAAUGUGCAUUGAUAGAUGUAAACUCUUCACUUUACUAUUGUCUUUGAAAAUGUUAAAAUUGAGGAUUCUGGUAACUUACAUUUUAUGAAUUGGCACAUGAUAUAAUGCAAGAGUGAUUUCUGACACAGUGAAAAAGUUCUUUAAAAUGGAUUUAAGUCUUUUUCUAAUUCCAUUUUGUUUUAAAUGCAUAUUUUAAAUGUAGGUUUUUUUCAUUUAGUAAAAGUUGUCUAAUUGAUUUGAAGUCUGCCUGGUUAUUUUAAUUUUCUGUUGCUAAUCAGCAAGUAGUUAGUUAACCCUUUUGCAGAACCAACUUGUCUUUCUGCCCUUGAGGCUUAUUAGAUCAUCUGAUGUUUGAACAAACCCUAAAUACUUUGUGCUUUUUUUUUUUAAUUUAAAGCAAGCACCAGUGAUCAGUUCCUGGUUCAAAAUGGAACACUAAGCAUCAGAAGAACUCUAUGCUGGGUUUUUUCUGACUGACUUAGUGACAAUAAACAGUGACUGGCCAUAGAUCAUCUUUGGCAAGACAGCAGAUUAUGUUCUGUAAACCAUAUGAAGAAGGUAAUUUGUUCUCUAGACCAGUGAAAUUUGAUGUGGUGUUUUACAGUGUCCAAGUUCUCAAAUGUUGGUUUUCAAGCCAUUAUUUAGUAAUAACAAUAUCUCCAUGCCAAGUAGGCAGACUAACACAUCCACAAUUUCAGCAAACAUUGAAAACUUAAGCUGUCUGUAUUUUUAAAAUAUCAACAAUUGUAUGUUACAUGGGUAACUGACAUGCUCACUUGUAUUGCAGAUGCUUCUUCAGAAGAGAAAUAAAAAGUUUUCAGGUC